AUGGAAUUAUUUGAUUCAUUGGGAUGGUUAGUGAAAGAACGUAGGAAUGUGGAUGCUUCUAAUAGAAAAGUACUUCAAUCUUCCUCAACAGUGGAAGUGGAAUUAAAAUGGCCGAUAAAAGAAGGUGAAACGUUCAAGAAAUACCAUGAGUACAACGUGGAGGUCGUUCGGAAAGACGGACUUCUUCUUGUGCGAGAUCUUGCUGCAGAAGUUAAAAAUCAUAUGGAUUUCAAAAUAAACGCCGUUAAGUCGACAAAGCCGUUCUUUGACAUCAAACUAGUACAAGAACAACUACAAACUACCACAACGUGUGACACUGUAUGUAUAGCAUUGGAAGGCGCACCGCCAAAUUCUCGAGGCAUGCCGCAGGGCGCCCAGUGCCAGGGAUGUGGGGGAGGUUUAGGGAGACUAUCGCUGCACUUACCGACCUUAAUGUUGCCAUCAGCAAAUUGCAAAACACCAGCUGCUUGGAGAAGACUAGUGACAGACAGGAUUGGAUCAUACAGUAUGAGAACAGAAAUGGGUUCUAACAUUGAGAGUAAAUUUUAA